AUGGGCGCAAAUCCGCGGAGCAGACGAGGACAACCUGGCGCUCACACGCAUCGCCCAGACCGACCUCUGGCUGCACCAGUUCCCCCCCACCUGCUCCCCCUCCCCCUCUCCCUCCCCCUCCCCCUCUUCCCCCUCCUCCCCGUCCGCCCCGUGCGCUUCCUGCUGGUGGAGUGGAAGCACCCGCGCGGGCACGGGUUGGGGUCGCAGCUGCACAUCAUGAGCGCCGCGCUCAGCCUCGCCUUCUUCCACGGCCGUGUGCUCGUGCCUGCUCCCGGUUCCUUCUCCCACGCCACGCACAACUCCUGCUCAGGGCCGGACUACGGCUCCCUCUCCUGCUACUUCUUCCCCCUCACCUCCCUCGCCUGCCAGCAGCAAGCGCUCUCCCUGUGGCAGCAGCAGCAGGAGCACGGCCCCUCUCACCCCAUCCCACCACCUGACCCCGGGCCGGGACUGAGCGAGCUGCUGCAGUCGGACCUGCCCGUCGUGUUCUUUCCCGGAGUCACUCGCUUCCAGGCCAAGAUGGCCAAGGAGGCCUCUGCUGCCUUCCACUGGGGGACGCCAUGGGUGCAGAGGCAGGUGUCAACGGAGCUGCUGGGGUGCCGCUUUGACGCGGAGGGGCGCUACCUGCAGGUGGCGUGGUGGCGCUCGCAGUCGCUGCGCUUCAUGCUGCGCUGGCCCUCGCGCUACCUCUGCCACCUCCUCAACCGCGCCCGCCACGACACCUAUGGCUACCGCGUCGCCCUUCGCGUGGCCGCCACUCAAUCUGCCCUCCUCACCACCUCGGAUGGCACUGCUGACAUGCUUUCUAGUUCUGCCGCAGAUGCAGGGGGUGAUGGUGCGGGCAGGAUGAUGGAAGGUGGUGUUGGGAGAGAGCUGUUUAUCUUCAGGCCGAUAGUGAGCAUGCAUGUGCGGCAGGGGGACAAGGGCCAUGAGAUGCUGCUCUUCUCGCUCGCCUCGUAUGUGUAUCUCGGCCAUCGCCUACGGCUGCAUGUGCCAAACCUCAAGCAUGUGUGGCUCAGCACAGAAAUGCAGACUGUCGUUGAUGAAGCAGUGUCCCGCUUCCAGGACUGGAUCUUCCUCUUCACCAAGGUGCAGAGGCAAACAGGAAACAAGUUCUUCUAUUCUUAUGAGCACACUACCAUGAUUCCUGAAGCGGAGGACGAAAGCUCUCACGAAAGUCCUUUGACACCAUUCAAUGGUCACAGUGGUUGUGCCUUACCAGAGUCUUGCUUCACGUUACAGUCACGCUGCUCCGUUAUGAGCGUCAAGGAACAGUCUGCCAACAACCCUCUCGGGUUGAUGAGACGUAGCUUCACAUGCAACCUGCUACCAAGCGAGGAAGAAGUUGUACUUUCAGCCAGACAUGAAGUCACGGAGUCUGAUUCUGCAGAACGCGCCUAUGGUUUGAAGCCAGUAUCUGACCAGCUGUUUCCGCGUUCCACGUCGGUACUGGAGUGGCCUGUCGUUCGGUCAGGACAUGGAUCUGAUCAGGGUCCGAGGAAGAACAUGGAAGAUGCGCAUGUGAUGGUUGAUGACCUGACGAAGUCGUUUGGUGAUUUGUCGUUCUCGCGACGGGGAUCUUUUUACGGGGUGUUUGACGGGCAUGGUGGUGACGCUGCUGCGAAAUUCGUGAGCAGUCAGUUGCUAGGGAACAUUCUUAGUGAUCCGUCUUUCCCAGAUCAAGUAGGACAAGCAAUCUGCAAUGCGUUCAUGCGUACCGAUCGAGAGCUGGAGAUGGCGCAUACUCUGGCCAGCGAGCCAAUGGAAUCAGGGACAACCGCGCUGGCAGUUCUGCUUCUGGGAAAGGCUUUGUACGUCGCAAAUGCUGGUGACUGCCGAGCUGUGCUGUGUCAGCGAGGAAAAGUAGUGGAGCUAAGCAGGGACCACCGUCCGUCCUGUCAGUUAGAGAGGGAGCGGGUGUACCUGGCAGGCGGCUUUAUUGUCGAAGACUAUCUGAACGAUCAACUUGCUGUAACGAGAGCUCUCGGCGACUGGCAUUUGCAGGGCAUGAAGAACAGGGCAGCAGAUGGGGAAACAGUGGUGGGUCCGCUUAUAGCGGAGCCUGAGCUACGUGAGGCAGAGCUGACGGAGGAGGAUGAGUUUCUUGUGAUUGGGUGUGAUGGUCUCUGGGAUGCGUUCCGCCACAGUCAUGAGGUGGUUUCCUUUGCUCGAAAGAGACUGCGUGUUCACAACAACCCUCAGCAAUGCUCACAGGAACUGGUGCAGGAGGCCAUUCGGAGAGAUUCUGGUGACAACGUGACAGUCGUAACUGUGUGCUUUUCAGCACAGCCGCCACCACCGUUGCAGCAUCAAGAAUUUAGAAAUUCGCGCCUCAGAAGGAGCUUCUCUGCCAACGAGCUUCAAUCCUCGUAG